UGUGUUUCGCCAUUCGAAAAGGAGGUUAUUGUUGCAAUGAGACGGGCACCGCACUGUCGAUAAAGUGUGUUUGUAUGUCGUUUUCGUCGAUAAUAAGUGUUGUGUUUACUUUCACCCGUGCGAAUGUCUCAAUCCUUACCUUUUUUGUUUGUUUUUUCUUUAAUAACUGCCGCAUGGGUCGGCGCUUACGUUUCAGUUAACCCUUUAUUUUGAAACGAUGGAACGUUGUUCUUAUGGUUUUUACACCAAAAGAUCUGAAAUAUUAGAUAAUAUCCAAAAAAAGAAAGAUCAGGACAAGGAACAGCCACAGAGCCCAAGUUUUCAACAGCAACAAUUAACAAAACCACCAGAAAAACAAUUACAUCCUCCCGAAGCUCCCAGUGCUAAUUUGGUCACCCAGCAUGUCCCCACACAGCUCCUGUCUCCUACUCAUGGCUCGGGGGCCACUGUGCAACCUAAGGAAGACUCAAAAGACAAAACAUUAAAAGUCACAAACUCAACAACAAUAACAUUGAUAGAGAAUAAUAAUUUAAACGGGGAAAAGGAUAAAGACAACUAUCCUAAGAAUUAUUUUACAUUAGAGCCCAAGAAUGACAAGAAGGAUGACCUCACUAAGAAUAGUAUAACUAUAACGCGGACGGUACCUAAACAGUCGCCUGGAACGCCGACCGACAAGAGUAAGGUUGCAGCGAAGCCGGCGAAACGUCCGCUACAGUACUUGGAGACAUUAGCCCAGAAGGCAGGCAUCACAACUGAGGAUAAAUACGAAGCUGCAAACACAUUGCUGGCCUUGGACAAACAAAACAGCACAUUUAGAAGGCCUGAGAUUAAACAGCCCAAGUCUGAGCCUGAAACUCACUCGCAGGCAGAGGAUUAUAGAUACCGAAAUCAAAAGGAAGAUGAUGAUAAACUGCAAAUACAGCAACAAAUAAUCCAGCAACAGCAACAGCAGCAGCAGUUGCAACAGUUGCAGCAACAACAACUGCAGCAGUUGCAGCAACAGCAGAUACAGCAGUUGCAGCAGCAGGCGUUGCAGCGGCAGCAUCAGGCUAUACAACAGCAUUUGAAGAAUCAACAGGAUCAACAAGAAUUGCUACAAAAACAGUUUCAACAACAACAGCAGCAACAGCAGCAGCAACAACAGCAGCAACAACAGCAGCAACAGCAGCAGCAACAACAGCAGCAACAGCAGCAGCAACAACAACAGCAGCAACAACAGCAGCAACAACAGCAACAGCAACAACAGUUGCAGCAAUCGCAGCCAUCUAAGCCAGAAAUACAGCAAUUACCUCAGUCACAACAAGAUUUACAGCAGCAGAAAUUUGUUCAGGUUGUAAACAAUCAAUCGCUACACACGCAGCAGUUCAACGUGCCGGGCAUAGGCGAGAUCAACCUGAGCUUUCUCUCGUCACCACAGAACAACGUGAACCUACUGUUCGACAAGAACCAGAAGGGCGGCAUGAGCGGCGAGAUUAAGUCGCAAACGAUAUCGGAAGGCCAAAAUCAGCAAAAUAUGAGUAUGUCGCAGCACGAGCCGAAUCAGCAGCACCACCAAACGGUGACCGUGGUAUCUUCGAUGCCUAGCUCUAUGGGGACCCAUCAGGUGCAGCAACAGCAAGCAGCAGCUGGCGGCAUUCAGCAGCAAGCCGGCGCGAGUAUAUCAACAAUGGCGCCGCUUCAAAGCUUACCGCAAAAUACACAACACCCACAGCAAUUGAGGCUUACAAAUGAAAUAACGAUGGAUAGUGCGGACUGGGGCCACGGGCGCGUGCAGGUGAUCCAGCAGCCGCUGCAGAACAACACGUACCUGCAGCAGCUGUACAACGCGCAGGGCCCGCUGCUGAUGCCGGGCAACAUCGCGCUGCACCCCGGCAUCAACUCGCAGCAGAUACAGGUCAUAGCUGCAGGGAAACCCUUCCAAGGAAACCAACUGGCUCCGCACAUGCUGACAACUCAAGGCAAGCAAGUUUUACAAGGACAGACAACUUCGUUCCCGGGGUACACGACGAUACCGACUAUACCCACUACGCAGAACCAGACGUUCGUGUUCAGUCCGCUGGGCGUGAUCAACUCGCAGCCGAGCAUACUGCCUGCGCAUUCACAAGCUGCGGCCUCGGGCAUGAACCAGCAGCAGAAGGCUGGUGAUAUGCAUAAGGUGAUGAGUGGCGGCAAAGUGACAACCGGCAAAGUGAAUACAGGCAACGGCAACGUGCCCGUACAGACGCAGUGCGUGCAAGUCUCCCAGCCGGUGCUGGGGCAGCAGCCGCAGGCGCAGAUCAUCAGCCCGCUGCAGGCGGGCGGGCAGAUGCAGUUCGCGCCGUGGCAGAUCUCGGGCGCGCUGCCGCAGGUGUGGGCCGGCGGGCUGCCGGCGGGCGCGCUGCCGGGCGUGCUCGCGCCGAACCCGAUCUUCAUCCGGCCCUCGCAGCCGGACGCGCCGCCCUCCAUGUUCAUACAGCACUCGCCGCAGAGCGUGCAGCACACCGGUGUAAGUGUAGCCUCAUCAACGGUGACCACUGCAAAGCCAAGGGCGUCCACAGACACGAUAUCAAAGGGCCCCAGACCGUUGUCGAACAUUCUGCCCUCUGGCGGGAUUCGACCGGCCUCCAGUGUUUCUACGCAGACUAGCGCCAAUCAGGCGCAAAAUGCGGCAAAGCAACGCGGCAAGCCAGGCGUGCGCUCACCGGCCCCCGCUUCAAAGCAAGAUGCCGCCAACCAGACGAAUAAGAUGCAACAUCAGAUACAACAGCCGAAACAACAGUUACUGGUUAUGAACUCUAGCGGGCAGAUGUCGCAAAUGUCGAGUUUGGACAAGCAGUCGAGCAACAAGAGCAUGCAGCAACAGCAGAUGUUGCAGCAACAAGCUUUACAGCAACAACAACAACAGCAACAGCAGCAGCAGCAGCAACAACAGCAGCAAUUGCUUCAGCAACAACAAAACCAGCAAUUGGUCCAACAUUAUCAACAACAAGGAAUGCUGGGGAUGCAACAAGGCAGUCUGCCGGUGGGUUCCGUGUCUCAAACGUUGCCGAUGGCCGGGCUACCACAGAUCUCUAUGGUGCAACAGAUACAUCCGCUGGGCGGUAUGGGCCAACCGGGCACGCUAGUCAGUCAGAUCAACACGAGCCAGCCGCAGAACUCUUUGCAAUCGUUGCAACAACCACAGACACUAGUCGGCGGUGGACUCGUGCAAACGUCAGUGGGCAUGGGAGUGUCUUCAUUGAACUCGUCACAGAUGCAAACUGUAUCCUCAAACAGUCUAAGCACGCCACAAAUAACAAUCCAAGCCCCUGGCCUUGGUUUGAUAACGGCCCCCGUGCAAGGCUCAGUGCUGCCGCUACAGUCGCAGAUGCUGAAACCGGAUGAUAAAAUUACUAUUUCCUCUGGGUCGAUGCAAAUGUCCACGUCCACGGACACGUCCACAGAAACAUCUCACGCUACAUCCAGUGAUGCAGUCAGUCAUAGCUCUACUUCCGCAUCAACAGCGCCGGACACAUCCCACACGUCUCACACGCCCCACUCAUCCCACUCGUCCCAUUCAUCCCACCCGACACACUCUUCCCACUCCUCCCACUCAUCCCACUCAAACCACUCAUCCCAUACAUCCCACUCAACCCACUCAUCUCACUCCUCUCACUCGUCCCAUUCCAAACGGAGUCCGAGCAAAGCGGACAGUGCUAUGUCCAUCACGGUCACGGCCACGACCACGACCUCGUCAACGACCAGCAGCGGCCAUCAUAGCGUGUCCUCGCAGUCGCUUACGUCAAUGGCAUCGUCGACGUCAUCAACAACGUCAUCAACGCUGACGUCAUCAGUCUCAACGCCCGUGUCCGCCAGCAGCUCGGGCACCAUGUUCAAGAGCUCCCAGUGCACGUCCAGGAAUAUUAGCUCGCAGCAAGUUACAGAUAAAGGUUUACCAAAAGCGAUGGUGAAGCCGAACAUACUGACGCACGUGAUAGAAGGAUACGUGAUACAAGAAGCCGCUGAACCCUUCGCAGUGAACCGGCCGCUCCGCGAGUGGGGCUCCGCGGACAAGGACCAGGAUAAAGAGAACAAGAUACCCUCGGAUGAGCCGUCACGCAAGAAACAGAAGCUCGACAGCGGUUCGUUGCCGCGCAUCAGCUCGAGCAACGAGCCGAGCGCGAGCACGAGCACGAGCACGAGCAAGCCGGAGCCUCCGCCCCCGGACACCGUGGAGCCCCCGGUGGAUGACGCGAAGAUACCGAACGCGCAUAAGUGGACGGUGAGCGAGGUGUGCGAGUUCAUCCGCAACAUACCCGGGUGCGCGGGCUACGCGGACGAGUUCCUGAUGCAGGAGGUGGACGGCGAAGCGCUGCUGCUGAUCAAGCCGGAGCACCUCGUGAUGGCGCUCUCCAUGAAGCUCGGGCCCGCGCUCAAGAUCGUCGCCUGCAUCGACUCGCUGCGCCCCGAGACCGAGCAGCCGGCGGCCGACGCGGCCGAAUGAGAUUGGUAUUAAGGUCCGCCGGUGUAGCGGGCCUGCCUCAAAGAGGCGAAGCAAAGUGUUCACUAUUAGUUAUUUUAGUGUUUUCAUUUCGAAUAUUAUUAUAUUUCUCCUUACGCUAUUGUUUACGGCGCGGUUAUAAUUUGAAUACACGCUUAGUCCAAUCGUUUAUAAUUAUCGAUAAACCCCAUUGGCGCAGUGGUUGAUGGAUCUAUUGCGUCAGGGGUUCGAUAAUGUAUACGCGAUUUACGGAUGAAUAUAAUAUGUAUAAAAUAAAUAAACAGUACGAUAAUCUGUUGUCUAGUUCAUACUUUAAGUUAAGAGUUGCUUCAUUUGAGAUCAUCGCGUUGUGUAAUGUCUGAGAAUAUUAAUUAUUUAUAUAUAUUUUAAUAAAUAGUUUAAUAUAUUUACUCAUACAUAGUUUCAUCCAAAAAAACUAAAGUUGUGGAUGUUCUAAUCGCGCCGUUAUAUAAUAUAAUAUGUUAUUACUCGUUUUUGUACAUAGUUUAAUAAUUUAAUUAUUUAUGUUUCGUGUAAGCCGCUGAGGGAUAUGUUUAUAUUUAAAUUGUAUCAGAUCAUUGUUAUUCGAUAUUUAAUGGGCUUUUACUCACGCCAAAAUGUCUCAGAAAAAUAAUUCUAUUUUCCCCAAUAGAUGGCGGACCACGUCGAUAAGUUAGGCUAGUUAGAUGUUAGUUAGUAGGUAGGGUAUAAUUAAAUUAUUAGUGUUUAGGUAUAUAUGUGUUAGGAUAAGUGGGAAUAUAGAAAUAUUUUAUCGAUGUCAAUAUGCAGCCGCACGCACGCUGUCCCGUGUGUCCAAUUAAUCCUAUAUUUACCAUCUCACGUAAAGCCCCGUGGGUAAAAGCCCAGUGUAAAAUUUGUUGUGAAUGUUUACACCGCUUGUACAUUUUAUUUUUUCUACAAUUUGAUAUUAUUUUAAUGAAACCACUUUCAAUUUUUAGUCAUAGUUUUUUUUUAUCUCCAUUUUGUUAUAGUCAGAAGCGCGACGUCGAAACGGUUGCUUUUCGUUUAUCAAAUCAUAGAAUGUUUGCGAACGAAAAGUGAGUUUUUGUCGAAUGUGGACACGAGUCGUUUGUGACCUCGCGCUUCGCCAUUAAUUCGUCUUCUGCAUCAGCACCUUCACUGGACAAAUGUCGAUAGCUCCGCCUACUUAGAGUUAAGUGUAUUUUAUUCGCUUUUAUAGCAUCCUUUAAUAAUUUCGCUAGCGUUAAGUUAAUUUACGCAAUGGAUUCAAUCUCAACGAGUCCAUUUGCAUUUUUCUGUUUUUUUUUUUUUUACUUUUCAUCUCUCUAAUAUUUAGUUCAAAUAUCUACUUAUAGUUCAUUGAAAUUACCGUUACGUUGUUCCGUUCCAUUCAACUAACACUAUUUCAAUUUAGGUUUAUUUUGUGCUUGUUACUUAUUUCUUACUUUCUUUGUUCUGAUUUUCUACAAAUUUACCCUAUUCAGAGUCGCAGUACCUUACUAAUAAAUGUUUUCUGUCUAAUAAUUGUUGUCCCUUUAUCGUCGAUUUGCCACGGAACAAUUCAACUUAUUACAAACGUUUCUUAUGGGUGAUAUCGGUAAAAACAAUCAAUAAUAAAAAAUUCGAGGUAUUUGAAGUGUAAUUACUCCAAAAUGCCGAAACUUAUAAAACUGGUUGUAGUACCGCAAUAAGCAUACUAUACCUUUAAAUCGUAAAUCUUUAGAAUAAAACAGUAAUUCUGAAAUCCCUUAAACAAAAACAUCAUUUAUUAUUCGAUAUAAAGGUUGAAACUCCUAACAAAAAAUGCCAAUAUAAAGGCAAACAGAAAUUAGGCAAUAUGGAGUGAUUUCACUUCAAAAGACCCUGAAAUUAUUAUUGAUUCUUUUAACCGAUGCCAGCCUGAACGCUUCAUUUAUUAUCCGUUUAAGUGUCUGUGUUGUCUCAGUGAUGUCGAUUUUAGUGUGUAACGCUUGUCAUUUCUUCAUGUUUAGUGUAUAAUUGACCAUCCAAAACUAGUCUCGUCAUUGCACUCGAGUGCCGAUUGUGAGAUUUGUGUUAUUUAUGUAAUGUCGUGUGUUUGUCAGAAAUAAAUGUUUCAUGUGUGUCCGUCGAGGUGUUGGGUUCGUGUAUAGAGUAGCUUUACUUGUAAAUAAACGCAAGGCAAGUGCAAUUUUAAUGUACGUGUCUCUUUUAAUCCACUUUUUAUAGGUUUUAACAUUUUUAUAGGUUUAGUAUUUAAUGUUUAUUUUCCAAAAUUGAACAUAAACUAUUGUCUAUGGUGCUACUAAGUUUUUAUUUACAUCGCCUUAAUGCGAAAUCUUAUUAGAAUUUAGUUUUUAAGUAAGUUUUAGUUUUUAGUUUUGAUUACUUGUACAUUUUUUAGUUACGGUUCAUUCUAGAUUAAAUUGUAUUUAGAUUAUUAUUUUUAGGUGAAAUAUAGCGUUGCGUUACAUCGUUGUUGUAUUCAUGUUGUUGAUAUAACAUCUCAGUGAGUGUACAUAUUAUAUGAGAGUAAAGGAAGGAUAUUAUUGGAUACCAAAACCGGGUCAGUAUAUGUUAAGCUUUGGGAACCUAAAGUUUUACAAGAGCAAAUUAAUAUUUUACGAUGACAUUAUUGUACGUGAGAGGUUGUAUAUUUUGGUGUUUCUGCGAAGAGCGUGUCGGACACGCGUCACUUUGUGUUCUGUAGAAUUUUACAAGCAUUAUAACAAGUUGCAGCAAUUGCAAACUACUAGUUUACUAAUCUACUAGUUUAAUAACUGUGUCAAAAAUCUUAUGAGAAAAGUCCAUUAAAUUAAAUCGAUCAAGAGUUGCAAUUGCUGCAAGUUGUUAAAAUGUUUUUUUUUGUAUCGAUCUAUCUUAGUUGUUAGUAGUGUUCGCGCUUGCGUCGCGAGUUGUGUAUACCACGUUAGUGUUAACGAAUGAGUUGUUCAUGCAUUUUGGGCAGAAAUACAUCGGCUAUCGGCCCUAGGUUAAUUAGUAAAUGUAUAAAUUAGCCUUGAUUUAAGUAAUUGAAUGUGGCUUAUGUAUUUCUGGACAAUAUUUAUAGUUAAUAUAUUGGAUGUGAGUCCCAUUUCGAAAGCCAAGUAACUUAUUUUAUGAUUUCGGUAUCGUUGUAUUGUGUUCGUACAUUGAAAGGACUGCUGUCCACUGUUGCUCAAUUUAAACGAAGCUAAUCUUUUCUCAUCAUCUGUAUUAUUAAUCAAAUAAAUGGAAUGAGACUGA